UUCCCGGAUCUCCACCUCUGCGUGUCCUGAUUACGCCGCGCGGCGCGCUCGCACGUUUCUGUGCUCAGCCCUGUCCCCCCUCCUCCCGACUCACUUAGUUGAAAGGAGGAAAAAAAUAAUAAAGUCAAUUAUACAACGUUUUGCAGUCCACCCCCGCCCCCCUCUCACCUCUCUCUCCCUCUCCAGCCGUUACUACCCGCCGCCUUUCUCCACAUGCGGUGGAGUGCUGGGCCCCGGCGGACCGGCUCCAGCCAUGUCGGCGAGCAGUGCAGCGGCCGGCGGCGGUGACAGACCGACUGGGGAAGAGACAGGUUUUCCGCCAUGCUGUGGUGCUGUGAGACGAGCCAGCUAAUGACGGAUUGACAAGCACAGGGGAUGCGUUGGAGGACAGACUCCAGAGUCACUCUGUCUCCAUUUCCAGUCUGGUGACCCCCCCUUCAGCCGCUGGCAUGGCCUCUGGCAUGGAGCUGCCGAGGAAACGAAAGGGUAGCAUGGACAACAAGGAAACAAAAUCUGCAUCGAUGCUGGAUGAGGAUAUGGAGGAUGAACAUGAAAGGUCAGAAGGGGAUGAUCAACAUGUGAAAAUUAAGUGUUUCAGGGAACCUCACAGCCAAAUUGAGAAAAGGCGACGGGACAAGAUGAAUAACCUGAUUGAUGAGCUGUCGGCAAUGAUUCCCACCUGUAACCCAAUGUCCCGCAAGCUCGACAAACUCACUGUGCUGCGCAUGGCUGUGCAACACCUCAAAUCACUCAAAGGUGCAACCAGCUCCUUUGCAGAAGCCAAUUACAAGCCUUCAUUCCUCCCGGAUGAUGAACUCAAGCACCUUGUCCUCAGGGCUGCUGAUGGAUUCCUCUUUGUGGUUGGUUGUGACAGAGGGAAAAUAGUCUUUGUUUCAGAGUCUGUCUCGAAGAUACUGAACUACAGUCGGCCAGAGCUGAUUGGUCAGAGCUUGUUUGACUAUGUUCACCCCAAGGACAUCGGAAAAGUAAAGGAGCAGCUUUCAGCCUCAGAACUGUAUCCACGGGAACGCCUUAUAGACGCCAAAACGGGACUGCAGGUGCAGGCAGAUUUGCCUGUGGGAGCCGCUCGGCUCUGCUCAGGGGCUCGCCGCUCCUUCUUCUGCCGAAUGAAGUACAACAAAGUCACUGUUAAAGAAGAAAAGGACUUCCAGGCAGGCUCUUCCAAAAAGAAAGAAUCUCAGCGAUACUGUACGGUUCACUGCACCGGCUACAUGCGCACCUGGCCUACCAGCCAGCUCUGCACAGAAGGUGAGGCUGAGGCCGACAAAGACAGCUCACACUUCAGCUGCCUGGUGGCCAUAGGUCGUGUGCACCCUCACACCGUCCCCCAGGCCAAUGGAGAAGUAAAGGUCAAGCCCACAGAGUUUGUCACUCGCUGUGCCAUGGAUGGCAAAUUCACCUUUGUGGAUCAACGAGCCACCACCAUUCUUGGCUACCUGCCUCAGGAGCUGCUAGGCACAUCCUGCUAUGAAUACUUCCAUCAGGACGACUUGCCUCAUUUGGCAGAGAGACAUCGAAAAGUGUUGAGAAGUAAAGAGAAGAUUGAGACAAACUGCUACAAGUUUAAAACGAAAUACGGUUCUUUUGUCACCUUGCAAAGUCAGUGGUUUAGUUUUAUAAAUCCCUGGACCAAAGAAGUAGAAUACAUAGUGUCAACAAACACAGUCAUAUCUGGUAAGAGUAAUCCAGGUGGGUCAGGGGACAAGUCAGAACAGCCUGUUGAUUCCAAGGCCUCUGAAGAUGAUGGUAAGAAGUCCCUACCCAUCAUCCCAGGGAUCUCCAAUGCCUCAGGCACAAUGAUAUAUGCUGGAAGCAUUGGGACUCAAAUCGCUAAUGAGUUAUUAGACUUCAAUAGGAUGAACUCCUCCCCAUCCAGCGGCAAUGCCAGCCCCUUCAGUCUGCUUCAGGACAAGUCUCCACUGGCCCUCACGCAAGCUAGCAGCAACGUGCCAAAUGGGGAGGCAACAGAUGUGGAGAUUCCCGGCAAAUCAAGCUCUGAGGAUGACGCACGAAGCGGACCCUUUGCAGCAGGCGAAAACGUCUUGGAGGGAAGCUCUCAGUUGGAUCUUGAGGGGGUUCCAGGGCUGGGAAGCCUGAGCAGUGACGAAGCUGCAAUGGCCGUCAUAAUGAGCCUGCUUGAGACUGACGCCAACUUGGGCGAGGCUGUGGACUUUGACGAGAUGCACUGGUCUCUCUAACCUCACGGCUCCAAUGUCUUUCUAUUUUUCGUAUUUCUUUUUUUUUUUUUUUUUUUUUUUGGAAACUUUUUAUUUCAUGAUGGUCUUUUGUUUUUAAAACAAACCUUCCAUUGCUGGCAGAUCAUCUACAUUCUCUGGCUCCUAGACAUUUUUAAUUUAUGCUCUUGUGAAAGAUACAGCAAGUCCUCCGAUGAUUCCUCAGUGGAAGUGAAUGGGAUCCACAGAAAAGGACACCUCCAAACACUUAUCCUUUUUUCUUAUUCUCUGUCUAUCUUCCAGCUGGAUGAUGAGCAAGGGUCUGCUUGAGGAAGCUGAGUACCUUAAGCAACAAGACCAGAUUUUAUUGGUCCGCUGUGCAUUUCUCUUCUCUGAGGACGCAGGUUGAGGGACAGUUGUUAGCCCCACUCUCCUGUGCUGAGAAAAGCAUGCUUCAGCCAAGCCAUAAAGCAAGUACCCAAAUGGUCCACUGUUCUUCAGUGGAUGAAGGGACUUUUUUUGUAAUGUCCUUAGAUGUUCUUCACUUGAACUAUGUAUGGAGCUUUUUAAGGCAAAACCGCACUGAAAAUUUUUAACAGGAUCCCUACAUCUUUAAGGAGUCAAGGGAAGCCUGACAGUUAUUGCUCUUGUAAGCAGAAAGAGUUUGUUUGAGUGCUGAACCAGAACAACAUGGGGAUGAAGAGGCAGGCUUGUGGUCAUUUGUCAAAUAGAAGGACUUUGCAGGGACUUCUGAAUUGGCAUUGGGGUCUGAAUACCACCCCCCACCUCCUUUGGUCUCAAAAUCUGUGAACUUUUGUUUUAUUUGACCUUGGUUUAUACUUGCAGAUCUGCAUUCAGUGGUGUUUUUAAAAGUUAGUGAAUGAGGUCUAAGCUGAGUGAUUGAAUGCCAUACCAUGAAGGUCUCUUUCAGAACACGGAUAAACAAUAGGAGAAAAGCAGUGGAGAAGGCUAAAAAUCAUUAAAAUCAGUCCAGAACACUCAGGGAGCAACUGAAUGGGAAACCCUUUGCCAUCCAUUAUGUACAAGUCUUACUGCAAAUUAGAAUGCUUUCUGUUGGCAGUACAGUAUGUAUUUUUUGUGAACAAAUACCAGAAUUAAUAUACACACAGACACAUACACUACUCACAAAAAGUUAGGGAUAUUUGGCUUUCGGAUGAAAUUUAUGGAAAAAGUAAAAAGUUCACGCUACAGUGAUAUAUCAUGAAAGUAGGGCAUUUAAGUAGAAGCAUGCAGUGGUGAUUUCCUCAUCUCAAACAAUUUAUUGAAAUAAAAGCCAACAACAGUGAUGGGUAUACCCCAACAAAAAAUGUCAAUGUCUUAACAACUCGUCAUGUGCACUUGAGCAUCAGUUACAGCUUGACAAUGACUGUUCACAAGUCGACUCAUUGUCUGCUGAGGCAUUGCAUCCCAUUCUUCUUGAAGGGCGGCCCUCAGGUCAUUGAGGUUCUGGGGUACAGAGUUAUGAGCCUCUACAUGGCGACUCAGCUGAUCCCGUAGGUUUUCUAUGGGAUUGAGGUCUGGAGAGACCAUUUGAGGUACACCAGUCUCCAGCAGAUGUUCCCUAAUGAUGUGACCUCGAUGAGCUGGAGCACUGUCGUCCAAGAAGAUGAAAUGAGGCCUGUGUUGUUCAUGCAGAGGCACAGUGACUGGAUUAAUGAUGUUAUUCGGUAGUAUGGGCUUGUCACUGUAACAUUCACAAGUGUAGGGCAUUUCUGUAUUGACUAGACACACCUGCCCACACUGCAAGUUGUGCAAAAAGUACUGAAACAUUGAACAGUUGGGCAUGUGCAUUCAGAAGUAUAGAGAGGGCCACAUUAAGUUCACGUGUAAAGGUUAGAGUGCAUUUUGGUUUCAUCCUGAAAUUUCACCCGAAAGCCAAAUAUCCCUAACUUUUUGUGAGUAGUGUGUGUAUAUAUAAUGAGGAAGAAAGCCUCCAAAUGAUUACAGGAAAAGGAAAAAUCCUACUUUAGAACCAGACUUUAGAUUUGCACAUUAGACAUUAGAUUUGUACUUCAAAUAGAACUCUGUUCUAUAGCUCCAUCCUCAAUGCUUUUAAUCUUUGCCCGAUUAGCUCCCAUUAGGAUACUGAUCAUUUCUGACGUCUAUGCUGUGACUGUGCUCAGAGUCUUUCAACUAAGUACGCACAAUCAGUAAGAGCCUUCCACAGACUAAGCUAUGGCCUACAUGCAAUAUCUGACUAGCAAAAUAAUAGUAAUUAGCCAAGUUUGGCUGCCAUCAAUUGUGGUUCGGUAGAAACAUAAUUUAAAAACUCUUUUCCAAGUAUUAAUAGUGACCUCUCUGCAACAGACCUGUUUUCCCCACUUCCCCACUUCACUUUCCCUCAACUGGCAGCAACACAGUUGCACUGUUGAGUUUUAAAAAAAAAAAACAUGUUGGCGUCUAAUGGCCUUAUUCGCUGGCAUGUGUUUGACUCUUACUGACAUACCAAAGUCAUUUUGAGUGACAGGAUAAUUCAGGUUCUCUGCUGCAGUGUAUCUUUAAUGUACUAGAAUAAUCUCCUGUAAUUCUGUAUCAUUGGUGUGUUUGUUUUGAAGAGGUUUUGGUAAAUGUGCUUGUUCAUGUUGAUCAUUUCAAAUGCUAUCCAGACUACUACUUGAAGGGAGGAGGGUCCCAUCCUCAGUUCCACGAGACUCCCGUGUAUGUUUUCCCACCAAUGUGUCCAGAAGCUCCACCUGCCUGUUUGAGACAUGAUUGAGCUUGACCACAGUCCCUCUCUUCCCCAUGCGUCGCUUUACCAAACACAUGGACUGGAGAGUAUUUAGGAAGGGCAUUUCCAUUAAACCUGCUUGGUAUUUCAUGGGAUCAUUUGUAAGUGCUGUUGUGACUACACACUUAAAAAAAAAAAAAAAAAAAAAAAUUGUUCUUCAAGGGUUCUUUAAAAAAGAAAAUUGUCUUACAUAGAGCCCGUUGCAUGCUUAAAGGGUUCCUCAGGUUGAUGGAGAAUGUCUUUUAUAUGGUUCUAUUUAGAACCUUUUUCUUCUACAUAGCACCUAAAAGGGUGCUUCCAUUGUUACAAGCUUCACUUUGUAAAAAUAGAAGAACCCUUUGGUCCUAUAUAGAAUCCUUGUCAAAAAGGCUCUGAAUAGAACCAUUUACAGCACAUCCUCUAUCAGGCUGAAGAACCCUUUAAGGUGAGCAAAGAACACUUUAAUCAAGCAAAAGAUUCUUUAUGUAUUCAUUAUAACCUUUUUUUGUUGAAGAACCCUUGAGAAACCAUCUGUUUCUAAGAGGGUAGGCAAAUUUUCCAUACCAUGUUAACGGUUUGGAGUACUAGCCAAUUGGCAGCCUGGUAUGAUGGCCAAUGAGGGCUUAGAUUGGUCAGCUGGGGCCUUAAGCACAGGAACAGCUGCUCUCUCCACCCAUACGAACAAGCAGUGAGCUGUGACACAUGUGCCAUAACUAUGAGAGGCAAAAAAAAAAUCAUUAAUUGUCUGUCUUUGAGUUAUUGUUUUACUUUAGAAUCUAUGUACUGUGUGCAUUCAUGCCCUGGCACAAUGUCACUGUUUUUCAGUGUGCGUAUGUACUAUAUGUGUCAUCUGCUGCAGUGGCACUAAGCAAAAAUUGAGUACUGUACUUAGGUUAGAACCACAGACCUUAUCUUCUACUGCUUUUAGCCCCAGUUUCAGAUAUCUUGAAAUAGCCUGCAUAGAAAUAUGCUAGUGUUUUUUUUUUUUUUGUUUGUUUGUUUGUUUUUUUUUGUUCCCUUUUCUUCCAGUGAUAUCCAUGCAUGCCGCCUUUUUGUGUACCUGUUAAUUUAGCUUUUUUCUACUUUUUUGUUAGUGGUAGAUAAAGGUGUUGUUUGCCUUAUGAGACAGACUGGGAUUUUGUCAUUUUGUUUUUUUCUUUCUUCUCCUUUUGUCUUGGAGAGUGGUGGUUAGUGUGGACUGUAGACUGUUCAUCCACUGGGGACUUCUUCUACAUUUGCGGUUUCCACAGUUCCUCCCUUCCAUGAACUGCUUGUGAGGGGAAUGUGGGUUGGACAUGAGCAGGCCACCGUCCUGCAUGCACUCUGUCUAAGCCUUUGGCAGAGGCUGUUGGAAAACAGGGGGACUUCAUCGAUGCCAGUUCCACACAGCCUCCUCUGUAUUUUUUUUUCAUCCUCCUUCCCGUUAUAUUAUAAAGCACUUAAGUGUAUGACACCAUCGCUGCUGCUGUCAACAGGUCUGGUUCAUGGCAGCGAAGCUGUCUCUCUCCGAGCUAUCCUGUAAAAAGAUUCUUAAAUAAACAUUAGUUUCAUUUA